AUGCCUACUGCUAAUAGUCUAGUGUUAUUUGGUAAUUCCAUCAAUCGGGAUGGUGAAAUGACACAGCAUUUAAUUGAACAAUAUUAUGAGUCUGUAUUGAAUAAUAAAUCAAAAGCUAAGAGGAGGAACUGUAGCAGAUCCAUACGUAUUCCAAUUGAAUAUGGUCAACAAACAAGUGCAAACAAGGAUCAACCAUCAAAUGACAACAACAAUAAUAAAGAUCAUAAUGAACAAGGAAAUGAAGGUGAAGAAGAAGAGAUAGAAGUAGAGAUAGAUUUAGAUGAAGAUAGUAAAGAUACAGAAACUUUUGAUAUGGAUAUGGAUACUGAUAUGGACAUGGACCAAAUUGAACCCAUAACAUUUUGGUCCAAAAUUAAGUCACUUUGUUAUAAUAUAUUUGUUGGAGAUUACCAAAAGGAUUUACUUAUUGCCAAACUGCAAUCACAAAGAAGACACUCCAUGUCGUAUGCAGAAUGGAGGCAGUCCGCACUACGAUUGGAUAAUUUAACAAAUAAAAUCAAAUGGAAACAUAAGUUGGAAUGCGGCCUUUAUGAUUACCAGUUGAUUCAAAGUCUAUUACAUAAACUACAAAAGGCACGAUUAAACGAGGAUUAUCAUUAUUUGCUUUAUUUAAUAAGGACAAACUGGGUCAGAAAUUUAGGGAAUAUGGGUAACGUUAACUUAUAUCGACAUUCAUAUAUUGGGACCAAAAAACUUAUUGAUGAAUAUAUUGAUGAAUCAAGAAGAUGCAUUGAAGCUCUAGUUAACAAAUCAGAUUUGGAUGAUGGAUAUUUAAUGGGGAUAUUACAACAGACUAGACGAAAUAUUGGCCGUACUGCAUUAGUGCUUAGUGGCGGUGGUACUUUUGGUUUGUUUCACAUAGGUGUUCUCUCUACCUUAUUUGAAUUAGAUUUAUUACCUAGAGUCAUCAGUGGGUCUAGUGCUGGUGCCAUAGUGGCCAGUAUAUUAUCUGUCCAUCAUAAAGAAGAGAUCCCGUCACUACUGCAAGAGAUUUUAGGCAUGGAGUUCAAUAUUUUUAAAGAUGAUAAAAGGAAAAGUGAAAGUGAAAAUUUCUUGAUUAAGAUAUCACGGUUUUUAAAAAAUGGCACAUGGUUUAAUAAUGAACAUCUUGUUAAUACAAUGAUCUCAUUUCUAGGAGAUUUAACUUUUAGAGAAGCCUAUAACAGAACUGGUAAGAUUCUAAAUAUUACAGUAUCACCAGCAUCCUUAUUUGAACAACCAAGAUUAUUAAAUAACUUGACAGCCCCAAAUGUGUUAAUAUGGUCAGCUGUUUGUGCCUCGUGUUCAUUACCUGGAAUAUUUCCAUCUUCGCCACUAUAUGAAAAGGACCCUAAAACAGGUGAAACAAGAAUUUGGAAUGGUUCAAGUUCCGUCAAAUUUGUAGAUGGAUCUGUGGAUAAUGAUUUACCAAUAUCAAGAUUAUCUGAAAUGUUCAACGUUGAUCACAUUAUUGCGUGUCAAGUCAACAUCCAUGUUGUUCCAUUUUUAAAAUUAUCUGUAUCCUGUGUUGGUGGUGAAAUUGAAGAUGAAUUCAAUGCAAGGUUAAGACAAAAUUUAGGCAAAAUGUAUGAUUUUUUAUCCAACGAAAUGAUCCACAUUUUGGAAAUCGGUAGUGAAAUGGGUAUAGCGACUAACACGUUAACUAAGUUAAGAUCUGUUUUGUCACAACAAUAUUCUGGAGAUAUUACUAUUUUACCAGAUAUGGGAAUGCUACGGAGGAUAAACGAAUUAUUAUCAAAUCCAACAAGAGAUUUUUUGUUGCGUGAGAUUACAAAUGGUGCUAGAGCAACAUGGCCUAAAAUAUCUGUUAUUGAAAAUCACUGUGCACAAGAGUUUGCACUAGAUAAAGCCAUUACAUUUUUAAAGGGGAAAAUUAUUGUUUCCUCUUCAAUAAAGAAUCCUUUACAAUUCAGUGAUUUCCCAUUAAUAAAGGCAAAACAAAAUGGAGGAGACAAACAGAAGUGGAGGGAAGAAGAGAAUAAAGAAGAAGAAGAUAUGGAAGCUGUAGCAGAAAGAUUAGUGUCAAGUUACAAUAAUAACAACAACAUUGGAAAAAACAAUAAAGAUACUUUGAAAAAUCAUGAUCUUUCAAUCCAAGAUACCAUGGAAUUAUCUUUUAAAAAUGCUACUAAUGUACUAGAUGAUAAUUUAUUAGAGACAGAAUCGCCAAACUCUCUAUUAUUGCUGAAUGAAAAUAUUGCCAAUAAGACCUCAGUGACAACUGAUCCAUUAACUGGUAAAGUUAAAAUCCAAACCAAUCCAUCUUCUUCUUCAUCUACUGCAUUAAUUUCCUCAUCUUUAUCUAAUAACAUGAUUGGUAGAAAGGUGCGCCGCAAAUCAGAUUCUGGCAUGGUUACCUCCGGUGGAUACUACUUCCAAGAUCAUAAUAUGAAACCAUUACAGUUUAAUAUUCCAUCCCCAUCAACAGAUAAUAUCCAUGGUUAUUCAAAUAUUCAUAACAAUAUAGGAUUACAUAGGAGAAGAUCGCAACUUUACACAAAAGGAAGUACUGGCCAUAUUUUUUUUCCUAUGGAAAGAAGAUCAUGGAACUAUACAAACCCGAAUAGUAAUACAACUACUAAUACUACUACUAAUAAUAACAAUAGUAAUAAAGUUAAUAGCGCAGAUAUAAAUGCGCAUACUUUUAAAACCGAUAAUCCAAUGUUGUGGUCCUCACCAUCACCUUUAGUUAAUGAGAUGGUUCCUGUAAAUUCUCCUAGACCUAAAUACAAAUAUCGCCCCUAUUUCAAUUAUAAAAGUAGUAGAAUUAAAUCGCCAUUUACUACAAGACCCAAAUCAAAUACUACAGGACAAGUUCACUUUAGUACAAAUGAUUGCAAAGAUAAUGCUGGCAGCAGAGUUGACAGUUACAACAAAAAUGAAGAUGAUAACGUAUAUAGACAAAGCCCAUCGUCAUCAUCUUCUGCUUCAGUAAAUCCAUUUUUUCCUGGAAUGAUAGAGAAUGAUUCACCACAACAGUCACAUAAUGAAUAUAGACGAUAUAGUGUAGAUAUCAGUCCCAGGGGAAGAAAAAACAUUACUCAUUUGACAAGAAGGCAUCAACAUAGCAGAUCGAUUGAAUCACAUAGUGAUUCAAGUAUUGUCACCAAGUCUGCAAUAUCAGCUACAACUAACAAGGAAACAAAGGACGAUAUUUUAUCUUCUUCAUCAUUCAUCAAAAUAAAUGAGCAACAAAAAAACGAAAAUAAUAACCAUAAUGACAAUAAGACUAAUAGAGAGUCAACAAACUCUAUCACAUCCCCUCCUGACUCAUCUCCUGCAUCUCGAGAAGAUUUAGCAUGA